AUGAAAACUCUUACCUUAAUUCUCACAUUCAUCAUCAUCACUACCUUCUCAAAUGCAACACCAACAUUAAUCACUCAGUUUCAACCACAAAUGAAUCAGUCUUCUAGCAAUUAUCAGCAGAAUGAGACUAAACAUAGUGGUAGCUGCAAUUACAUGGUAAACAUAAAGACAAGCUGCAAUUCUCCAUCAUUUACAAAAGAUGAAAUCAGUCUUUUAUUUGGAGAUGCUCAUGAUUCUCAAGUUUAUGUUCCAAGACUGGAUGAUCCUGAUUCUGGUACAUUUGAGCAGUGUACAACAAAUGAAUUGGAAAUAUUAGGACCAUGUAUCAAGAAAAUAUGCAAAUUAUAUUUGUUUAGGAAUGGAACAGAUGGUUGGAUUCCAGAGACUGUUACAGCAUAUGACUAUGAUAAUCCACCUGUCAAAUUUUACUAUAAUGUUGAUAUUCCUGAGGAUGCUGGUUAUGGCUACAACUAUUGUGAUAAAGCUUAG